GGGCGAACCUAGACCUUUGUAGGUAUUGGGCUUAGCAGCUCAAUCAACAAGGGAUCAGACAAAGACGGAACCAGGACAUGAAGCCUCGUGGCGAUCGUCUCGGUGAAGCCGCCCAUGGGUCCGUAUCCCACCCACAUACACGGUGCAAGAGCGUCGGCGAAGUCAACCGCAUCGAGGGAUUAAUAUGGGCGAGCCCAAAAAACCCGAGGCCUAGCCCUACGCCACGGGAGUCUUAGGACCGGCAGGGUGGGUUCCGAAUGCAGGACUUUCUUGGAGACGGGUGGUUGCAAGUCCUGGGAGGAGCUUAUCGUGCCAUUAGCCAUGGGAUUCCCGUUACAUUCCCUUCGCAGCCUCUCCGAGUCAGAAGAAUGUCUUCGCAGUGCCGAGGGGGUAGGCCAGCACCUCACACUGCGAGGCAAAACGGAAGCAACCAUGGCAAGUGGGGGACGGGCGAAGGUCCAAUGUCUCUCAGACACGCAAGACUUUCCAUAUCUAGGUGCAUCUCGUGUCCUUGUCCGUACGCCGUGCGACUGUUACUGGCCAGUUGCACAGUAAUCGCGGGCGGUGGUGCGCGUGGGAUGCCGAUUGCUCAGCCUGGCGACGAGAGUUCCAUUGCCGGCAAACCGAUCAAGUCUGCCUUGUCGGCUUGGGGCCCCCACGGCUUUCUGAUUGGUUGGUCCUGGACACUGGGUCCUGAGCGAGCUGACGACUCUCGGAAAAGAGAAGAAAAAGGAAAGAAAGGGACCGGCGGCCUUAAAACAAAGGCAAAUCUAGGAAGUCACGAUCCAGUGUUGAUGGGACUCGGGAGCGCGAGAGUCGUUUGCCCUGCUAUCUGCCAUCUGCCACCUGCAACCGAUCUGCCAUCUUCCAUCUACCAUCUGCAAUCUUCCCUCCGUCGUCUGCCGAUGCAGUGCAAGAACUACCAGUACUACUCCUGCACGGCUCCUUCUUUUGUUGGCGCCAGCCCGUUUCCCACUAGUUACCUAGGCCGACGUCCAAGGGAUUGAGGAUUUCCGUCGGUAAUUCGCAAAUCCCAACUGCAAGUCCUACGCACCCCGGCCCAAGUCCUAAACUCGACCGGUUCACGAGCUGGCUCACCUCAGGCUUUGUUGCGAGGGUUAGGACCUCGGUGACGGUCACCAACAAACCCCCCACAGGCCUCUCUUGCUCUGCCUUAGUCCGACAGGAAUAUAACAAAAAUGGGUGGCGGAUUAUUUUGAUGGCAUCGCCCUUUGAU